CUACGCUGUAAGCGCACGGCAACCAGCGUUGAAGAUCUGCGACUAAGCUUCACUGCGAAACAACCGGAGAGAAAGUAUUCGACAGAAUUGACCAGCAGGACAAUGCCUCGGGGACGGUCAGCAGUGAGUGUGAACUCAGACAGCAGCGAAAUGGACGCGGAUGGCAUAGAGGCUGAAUUGUCAAAGCUUCAGCGGCAGCUCCGGAUCAUGGAAGGCGAUCGGCAGGCCUAUGGAAUUGAGACCCAGGAAGUUGUCAGGAGGCAAUUAAGUGAGAUUGAAAAAUUGACACAGGAACAUGAAGAACUGCAGAAGGACCUGCGCCUUUCAGCAAGCAAUAUGAACCGCCAGCGCGACCAGGAAAACAAGCAGACACUACGCAGCAUGCUUGAAUACAUGGAUGACUUGGACAGGCAGCUGCAAGAAGAGAAGGCAACGUCCACUGACCUGGACCAGGAGAUCCGCAUCUGGGAGAAAAAGGUGCGAGAGCAGAAGAAAGAGAUGGGUGGCAGUCAUGGAACAACUUAUGCCAAUGGUCAGCUGCAGAAGACCAGACAGACACUGGAGAACCGUCUUGACAAGGCUCUUGUUAGGAUGAACAAGCAUCUCACCAAGAAUUGUGCUCUAAGGAUGGAGUUAGAUACUCUUCGUACAGAGCGAAGCCGCUUUGAGCAGCUCUUCAGAAAGCUGGAGAAGGAAAAGCAGGAUAUUCAUAAGGAGAUUGGUUGUGUGAUUGACACGUCCACUUCUGCCUAUGAUGAAAGAGUGGAAGCCCAGUCCAAAAUUGUUCUUCUAAGAGAGAAAGCCUUGAAGGAUCAAUCCCAGCACAAUGCUGAGAUCAAGGAACUUGAGCGCAUCAUCGACCAUGACCGGAGACUGAAGGAUUUUAUGCGAGUCAAACUUCAAGAGCGUGCAGAUGAAGAUGUGUUUGGGACUCAAUGGCUAGGUGGAAUGGAGAUGGCUGAUGGACGGAGGCAGGAUCAACGGGAGGACACAGUGGAAACCUAUGAAGAUGCCUUUCAGAGAAUUCAUACUAUCACUGGAGAGAAAGAUCUAGACAUUCUUGUCCGGAAGUUCAUAGAAGUGGAAGACAGAAAUUUUGCACUCUUCAACUAUGUUAAUGAACAGAACAGUGAGAUAGAGAGGCUUCAGGAGCAGAUAGAGGAGAUUCAGAAGGAGAUGGCCUUAUUCCGAAAUCAGGGAAGUCGUCAAGAAGAACACCACCAAGUCUCACUGAGGGAAAUUGAGCUGAAGAUUGCACAGGCUGCACAACAGGCAGAGAGAUAUGAGCAGCGGGAAAAGGAGAUAGAGAAGAUUCAGGAACAACUGAGAAAAGGGAUUGGAUCUUUGUUUGAUAAGACAGGGUGUGAUCGCUCUGUGAUUGAAGACAUGCUAGGUAACUCGUCUGGAAUCAGAAAUAGCAACAUGAUGACCUACCUGGGCUUACUGGAGCAAAGAGCCAAUGAACUUCUCUCUGCACAUUCUUACCUAUAUUCUAAGGACUAUGACACAAAAUACAGCCCACGUGAAGCAGCCCAGUUCCUGUUGGGUCAGAGCCCUGAGCAUCUUGUUGACAGCCUUUUUAUCCAACCACCCUCCACUGGUGAGGAUUAUGACACAGAAGACUCACCUCCCACCGAUGAAGAAGAGAGACCACUGACACAAGCUGAACUGCGGGACCGUAUUCUUAAGGGGGUCCUGAAGAAAGAGGAGAGAGCAAUGGCCCUUCAUGGUACAAGGGAAGUCAGAAUGUCCAAGACUGACAUAACUGCCUCACUCAAGAGACGCUCCCAGGAGGCUUAGUCACCAGUGUGUAUCCACACCACCAAAGAAAAAGAUCUUCAGCUCAUGAAUGUUCCAAAGGUUUCCUACUUAGCGACUCUUAACUUGCUUUCUCCCUGCCAACAUUUUAUAGAAGCACACAUUGACACCAUUGUCCAGUCUCUGUUAGUCCUUUUGUCUGUUAGAGAAUCUUUUGGAUGCUUUUUCCCCCACAAUGGUUGGGGAUUUGAGGGGGCAAUGAGUUCUUAGUCAAUUACUAGAUUGAUUUUGCUAUCUACUGAGCCCAUGUGACUUCACUGUUCUUGUUUCUUGGUUACCUCUAGAGAUUGUUCAUAGCAAUAAUAUUUGUGAGAUCUAUGUUAUUCAUUUUGAACUCUUACCUGUUCCUGAUUCAUGCUCCUUAAUAUAUAUUUGUUACAUAUGGAAGACAAUAACAUAUGGCUUCCAGAUAUUUCUGUUACCUGUGGGAGGCAUUUGACCUCCUGAAUGUUCCCUGUUACAGAUGAGGGUAACCAGAUUUCUUAUUGUUCUUACAAGCUACAGUAGGAGGUACCCAAUGUCUAAAUAUCCCUAAUACAUAUGGGGUACCCGAUUUCUCAGUUGUUUCUAUGACUUCAUAUUUCUAACUUCUAAAGUAGUCUUGUUACCUUGAAGAACACCUGAUGUCUAAGAUUCCUGCUACUUAUUGGAGGUGUCUGACUUCUCAGACUUUCCUGUUACCCACUGGAGAUGUGUGAUCAAUUGAUAUUUCUACCACUUGCUGGAAUUUGAUAGUCUCUCAGCAAUUCUUGCCAGCUACAAACAGACAGUGGGGUACAUCUAGAUAUUCUUGUUACUUAUGGAAGGCAUGUGAUCUCCAGGAUGUUGCUGUUACCGAUGGGAUGUACCUGACCUUAAUGUUCCUGCUACCUAGAGGAUUUUGCUGACCUCUUAUUUUUUACCUUUCCAGAUAUUGGAGAUUUCUUUAUACUGUUGCACAUAGACAUUGCUUUUUCUUGCUUUUAAUGGUAGGUUUUUGCUGUUACACAUAGGUUGCCAUUCCCUGCAAUGGGAAACUGGCUGUUCAAUAUCUGUUCUACUCAUAGCAGUGGUCUCAAGUGAAUGUUAAGGUGCUGCUGCUCAAGAAGGACUUUGGUUUGGCUCCUGGAUGCACCUCAGGAACAUAUAC